CUUUCAGAUGGACUGGGGGGAAGCAGUGGAAAAUAAGUAAGACAAUCAGUGAAGAUGGCUCCCCAGCUCUACAUCACUAUGUACAAAGAGCAGUUUGCCUCUCCUGGCAGGGCGAAACGAGAACAACUGCGACCCACCUCUGCCCACCGCAGGAACAACCCCCAGCCCCGUCCGGACUUUCUGUUCCCCCGGACUCUUCAGUCCAAUUACAAGUCACGUCGCACACUACCACACCCUUCACCCCCCGUGGACACUGGCCGUCCUCUCUUCCCCCCUGUGACACAUUUAUCAUUCCACAGUCCAGUUAGGACGUGUCCUGACAACAACUAUCUAAACACAGUAGAUGAAGGCAAACCAAACCACAUGUCCCCUGUCAAGCCAUCCACAGUGUAUGCUCUGCCCUCUGCUGAUGGACUGCAGAAAGUACAGCUGAUUGAGCCUCCUGCUGGCCCUGGAUUUAAGCUCCAGGCAGCUUUGAAGAACCCAGCAAGAAUGGAUUCUCAGGGGAAUCAUCCAUGCUCAGCACAGCAUCUCAGGCAACAUACAGCUGCUCAGCUUCAAACAAGACCCCAAACCAGCAAACCUCUGGCAGCUCAUCACCACUUUCCGCGGAUACAAUACCGGAGGUCUAGUUCCAAUAGCAGCCUGGAUUCUAGUGGGUGCUACAGCUGCUUCCAUGUGGUGAAGCCCUACCAAGCUGGACACUACAUCAUACACCCGGAGUUUGUGUCUGAGUGCCUGCGUUAAGACUAUUAGAGCGCUGGCUUCUAAAGUGGGGAAGGGGGGACUUGCAGAGGUCCUUGAGGGGGCUAUGGAGGUUUCCCCAGCAAAAUGAGGGAUCAUUAACUUCACUAUUGUUUAAUUCUCUACUAAUUAACCCAGUGAGACAAGGUGUAAGAAUGAAUAAUGUGACUGUUGGCUGCACUCUCACCACUAUUAUCUCCUUGCAUACACCGUGAACACAUUUACAAUUCAUUACUAAAUCAGCAGCAAAGAUCUUCCCAUAAGGGAGCUUGUGGUGAUCAAAUCGAAUGAGACACUGUAGCUGUAAUGUGUAUCGGUCAAUGACAUUAAAUUUUAAUCCUACUAUUAGAGAGAUAAUUGUCUACAUGUGAUAUAGAAAUUCUUUAUUGUAUGUUUGGGGUGUUAAAGCAGAAAUUGUGCUACAAACAAUUAUUAUAGACUUAUUAAGGUGAUUAUACUUUCUAGUGAUAUACUAGAUAAAAUAUACCACCACUGCUAAUACGGCCAUCAUGUAACAUAGCACAGAUAGUUGCCAUAAAAACACUUGUUUUGAGACUAUACAACCAGUGUGAUUUAAUCAAAUCAUGUAAAACAGUAUAAUCUGUGCAGAAAAAGAAAAUAAAGACUUCUGUUCCCACCGAGUGGACUACAUUUCCCGACACACAGUGGGCGUAGACAAGGCGGAUACGCAACAACAUGCCUUGAUGCCUCUUGGUCUUUUCUCUGUGGCAAACAAGUUGAGAUUGGAGGUGUUGAAGGAGGCUUCUUCUGCUCGGUCAAUUUCCUUUCCUAAGUCCAGCAGCCUGAGGUGAUCUCCAAGGAACCAACAGCAGGCAAAAAGACAUAACGGACGAGGCCAGAGUGAAACAAACAGGGUUCCCUGGAAAACAUUUCUAUGGUCCUUAGAACAGCAGAUUGAGUCAGAUUUGUCCACUGAACAGCACAAGCCAUGUACCAAGUUGUACCGGGAGGAGCGGGAGGCACUAUUACAGAUGUUAUCCCCAAGCAGAAACACAGCAAGGACACUCGACCCUUAGUCGGGGCGGGAGUGAUUGGCCUGGUGCUGGUGAUUGCAGCAGUGACUGCAUGGUGUUAUUACAUAGCCUCUCUACGCAAAGCUGAGCUGCUUAAGACUCAACUGCUGGAUCUGAAUAAAGAUGGCUACAUUAUCCGCAACCAGGGAGGGUCUAUUGUUUUCAGAAUGGAUUUCAGGUCAGGUACGCUGGAUCUGGAUUCAUGCACCAAAGAAGGGGAGCUUCUGAGCUGUGGAAGCACCACUGAUAGGAAGCUGAAUUUCUUCAUUGAGACAGUGCGCCCCAAGGACACAGUACAAUGCUACCGUGUGCGUUGGGAGGAACUGGUUCCUGACAUUCCUGUUGAGCAUGCCAUGACAUACAAGUUUGCACACUGGUAUGGUGGUGCGGUGUCAGCAAUUCAGCACUGGCCUAUUUCUAUUUCUGGUCAACAUGCCCCCAAACCCUUUGUUACAAGUGACAUCUACUCAAACCGCAAUGAGUUUGGUGGGAUUUUGGAGAGUUAUUGGCUUUCAUCUAAUGCCACAGCCAUCAAGAUUAAUAAUUCUGUGCCCUUCCACCUGGGCUGGAAUGACACAGAGAAGACCAUGUACUUCCAGGCGAGAUACAAUGACAGCCCUUUUAAGCCAAACCCAGGAGAGGCACCAUGUGCUGAGCUUAGCUACAGAGUGUGUGUCGGCUUGGACGUAACAUCCAUACACAAAUACAUGACCCGCCGAUACUUCAACAAACCAAACAAAGUGCCUGCCAAAGUCAUGUUUCGUCAUCCUAUAUGGUCGACUUGGGCAUUACAUAAAACUGACAUUGACCAAGAGAAACUCUUGACUUAUGCUUCCAACAUCCGCAAGCAUGGCUUUAAUUGUAGCCACCUGGAACUAGAUGACCGCUACACCAGCCGCUAUGGAGAAUUUGAGUUUGAUGUACUAAAAUUCCCCAAUGCUUCGGCCAUGUUCCAAAAGCUGAAAUCAGAUGGAUUUCUAGUGUCACUCUGGAUUCACCCUUUCGUUAACUAUGACUCGGAAAACUUCCAUAGUUGUGUAGAGAGGGGGCUGUUUGUCCGGGAGCCUACAGGCCGGCUGCCGGCCUUGGUGCGCUGGUGGAAUGGCAUUGGGGGAAUUUUGGACUUCACAAAUCCAGAAGCACGUGAUUGGUUUUCCUACCAGCUACGGUCAUUGCGUUCAAGGUAUGGGGUGUCAUCUUUUAAAUUUGAUGCAGGGGAAACCAACUACCUACCAUGGAAAUUUAGUACCAGAACUCCCAUUCGGGACCCAAGUUUUUUCACAAGACGUUACACGGAAAUGGCUAUUCCUUAUAAUGAUAGAGCUGAGCUGCGCAGUGGCUACCAGUCCCAAAACAUAUCCUGCUUCUUCAGACCAACUGACAGAGACUCUGUGUGGGGCUAUGAGUUGGGUCUCAAAUCUCUUAUCCCCACAGUGCUUACCAUCAGCAUUCUCGGCUAUCAAUUCAUUCUACCAGACAUGAUUGGAGGGAAUGCCUAUCUGAACCGCACAGAUGGGAAUCGCGCAUUACCCGAUCGAGAACUCUAUAUCCGCUGGCUGGAGCUGUCGGCCUUCAUGCCCUCCAUGCAGUUUUCUGUUCCACCGUGGGAAUACGACAACGAGGUGGUUGAAAUUGCUCGAAAAUACACAGCCCUCCAUGAGAGUAUUGUUGCGCCACGGGUCCUGGAGCUGGCUGGUGAGGUGCUGGACACCGGGGAUCCAAUCAUACGGCCCCUGUGGUGGAUUGCCACAGGUGAUGAAACAGCCUAUAAAAUCGACUCCCAGUUCCUGAUUGGGGAUGACCUCAUGGUAGCCCCAGUUUUAGAGCCUGGAAAGCAAGAGCGUGACAUAUACCUACCCGCCGGCCGUUGGAGAAGCUACAAGGGAGAGAGGUUUGAAAUCAAGGAGCCACUGCACCUCACAGACUAUCCUGUAGAUCUGGAUGAAAUUGCUUACUUUCUUUGGGUGUAGCAAGAAGGGAGGGAAGCCGAACUGACCUGAUUAACCUCUGCUCCAAUUUGCUUGUAAGACAAGCUUAAAGAAUUGAACUGCUUGACAGGAGGGACUUUGCACAAAAAGGUUGCUUGUUAUAGAAAAAACUUUUCUGCAACAAAUUCUAAUGACUUUUUAAGAUUAAUUCAUUUUAAAAAUGCUCUUUUACAUUGCAAUUGAGAAAAUGCUUCAUUCAAAAAUGUCCAAAAUGUCAUCUGAAUGUUGUUUUAUUUCAUUUAACUAAUUAAUGCAUCAUCUUUUUUUUAAGAUAGCUAAGAAGUAUCCUUUAAAGAGAGAUUAUGUAACAGGCAGCCUAACAGUAGCACAAGUAGAGAAGGGCCAUAAAGUCAACAAAACAAGACUAAAUAGUGUCAGUUACACAUCAACAUCUGUUCGCAAUUUUCUAAAAAGCUAACAUUAGCCAACAUAAGCUACUGGUCAUACCAGACCAAGUAAGGCUGCGCAAAACCCAGCAUGUAAUGAUGUGAGUGUGUUUUAAUGCUUAUGAAUAUGAAAUUUGAAUUUUUGCAAGGAAGAAUGUGGUGUUGUAUGUAUUUAAUUUUUUAAUAUGUCUCACUUUAAUGGCUAUCCUAGUCACAUAUGUGAAACAUUUUUUAAAAGGGAAUAUGAAAACUGUGAAUUUGAGCAAGGCCUCUGUUGUAUGCCAUAAAGUAAUAUUUUUGAGUGUUACAGCACUUAAAACUAAGCCAAACAUAUUUUGUCAUAGGAAGACAUUUGAAGGGGUGUCAUUUUUGUCAUUAAGCAGAUAGGAGGGUACAUAAAACCUUCUAUAUUGAUAAAGAACUUUGACUGAGACUUUUCAGGAAGUCAGGUUUUAUACUUCACUUAGGCUGAAUGCUUGAAGUUUAAUCAUUACAAAUGACAUGUCCUCUCAUUUGUGUAGCAGUGUCAUGUAACUACUCUUAGCCCAGAAGAAGAUGCCUUUUAUUAGGCACUUCAUAUUUUAUGCUCUUCCUCAGGUAACAGCUCUUUCUUGCUGUUGUGUGUUUUGAAGUGUUUGAUAAUUGUCUUUAUUGUGCUUUGCUGACUCUGAAAGCAGCUAAUACUAUGAUGCAUAAUACAUUGACUUCCACAUCCGAAAUAAAAAAUCUCUUUUGGAAGAUUUUCUGAUGUUUGUAAUUCUGAAAUACUUUUACUUUAUACCUACUUUGUAUGCAGCGUUGAAGUCUGUAGAGGCAAUGAAUUCAGCAGCAUUUAAUGAUCAAAUGAAACGGUACAGUGUAUUUUGUCACCUUGUGGUUUGUUAAUGUGAAUAUUUUGUAACUGCAGUGCCAUAUGUUAUAAAUUACUGGCACGUACUAUUUGUGAUUUAAUAUUUUGCUAUACAUUUAUUUUUGCAUAAUGUACAUUUAUGCUGUAAUAUUAUUAUUAAUUUCACCAUUUAUGGGGUGAGAUGCAAAGGUCAAUAAAACAUUUUUUUCAUACUUCUAGAUCAAAGAACCUCAUGUAAAAUCAUGCACCUUGUUAUUGAGAGAUGAAACUGAUUUAUUGAUUGUCACAUUGAAUUUGGGGUGAGACAGCAUAUUCUCCUUCAAGUGACUUCUCAGUUAGCAGUUUUCUUCUUAAUGGUGCAUUUCAGGCUUUAUGUAGCCUCUUGCUGACUGUGUGUGUGACAUGAGUUCAGAGUUCAGCUUGUGCCUCUUGACAUAGUUUCAUCAUAACAACACUACCUAUUUAUAGCAGUUCUCACUCAGCAUCUGGGCCAGGCCAACCUCUGAGGCUAUUUAUGUCUCAGACUGUCUUACUUUAUGACAAGACUGAGCGGCUGUAUCUUGGACUGAACGUUUCAUUUCUUUUGCCUCUUUUGACCCGGCGUGUGCCGUUUGCCUGGAGUUAUUGUAACUUUGGAAACACUUGCAUGUGACUUAAUGGCAAACAUUAAUUUCUUUUGAAUUUUUGUGUGAAUGCAUUAAAAGAAAUCAAGUAUGA